CUUUUUUCGUGACCACGGGGACAUUACACAACAUUGCAUUGCAUAUAUAUGGAAAAGACCUGUCUUGUCCCCCUCUAUCUAUCCCAAAUUAAAUGUGCCUCUCUUCCCAACCCUUCCAUUUCUCCAUUUCCUUCCAUUCCUCUCAAUAUAUUAUCUUGUUGUAUGUGCAGAGACAGAGCAGCAGCAAGAUGGCGGCAUCAUCAGCAGCAGUUCUGGUGCGAUAUUGCCUUUUGUUGUUGUGUGCAGCGGCGGCCGCGGUGGCGCAAGAAGUAGUAGUACCACCACCGCACGACGAGGACAGCGACACCGUUUUGCAAAGCAGCAGCAGCAGCAACUACUGCCUGAGCUGGAGGCUGGGAGCAGAGACCAACAACGUCCGAGGCUGGUGGACGGUCCCGGCCCAGUGCUGCGGCUACAUCCAAGCCUACAUGGCGGGCUCGGGCCAGUACCAGAGGGACGUGGACCUGAUUGUGGACCAGAUCAUGGGCCACGCGUCCAACGUCGCCGCCUCCAUCGCCACGGGGGCGGCCGGAGACGAAGGUGGUGGUGGUGACGAUGGGCUGGAUGCUUGGGUUCUGGACGUGGACGACACCUGCCUCUCCAACAUGCUUUACUACAAGACCAGGAGAUCCUACGGCUGCCUUCCUUACGAGCCGCUCUCUUUUCGGGCCUGGGCUUCCAAGGCCCGUUCCCCCGCGAUCCCGGCCGUGCUGGGCCUGUUCAAUUACCUCCGGGACGCUGGGUUUAAGGUCUUUCUUGUCACGGGGAGGGACGCGGAAGCGCUGGGAGAUGCCACGCGUCUUAAUCUGCUGCGCCAGGGGUUCGUUGGUUACCAUCGCCUUAUUCUCAGGACGGCGUCGUACAGAGGGCAGAGUGGGGAGGUGUACAAGUCGGAGAUGAGGCGGCAGGUGAUGGACGAAGGUUACAGGAUCUGGGGCAAUGUGGGGGAUCAGUGGAGCGACCUUUUGGGCCAUUCUUUAGGCAAUCGCACUUUUAAGCUUCCUAAUCCAAUGUACUUUGUCCCCUAAUAUUAAUAAUAUAUCUACUUCUUAGUCUAUUUUAUUAAACUAUGUAACAAUGCAC